UUUCUUCUCUGCUUUUGGCUCUUAAACAAAAAGCUCGUAAAUCAAUAGAUUACCCAAAAAGGAGGCGUGCUCGAGGUUGACCAAGAAGGCAAUUUUGCAGUGGCCAAACUCGAGUUUAUCAUUUCUUCUCACGGUGCACUUCCAUUUGUCCAAUAUGGAAGACUGAAACGCAAUGCAUCACACGCACACGCCACUUUCUUUUGAGUAAGUAGAUUCUUACCAAACCCAAGACCGACAAACCGGAUUUGAAAAUCCAAACAAAGCACCUACUGCGUUCGAAAAAGUCUUCAGUCUAGCUCUAUUGUUCAUCAUAUUCAACACGAUGAAGAGUUUCUUGCCCAUCCUAUUGUAUCUGGUUCAAACUGACCCAGGCUCUACCAAUCCUCGAUUCAAACGCUCUGUGGGACAAUUCGGAGAUAUGAUCAGAUAUGCAACUGGCCGAGAGGCUUUGUUAUACAACGAGUACGGAAAUCAUUGUGGAUUUCAAGGCGCUCAAGAACUUCCGUUUGUGGAUGAAGUGGAUCGUUGUUGUUACGACCACGAUCGUUGUUAUGAGAGACUUCGACAAGAUCAAUGCUCAAGUUCAUGGCUUGGGCCGGGUUGGGUGUUUUACGAUUGGGAAUGGGACAACACCAGGAUUUAUUGCCGGGAUGAGGAGACUUCCUGUGAUUUCCACGCAUGUCUUUGUGAUAAAGUUGCGGCCCAAUGCUUUGCCCAAAAUCCAUGGAACCAGACCAAUAAACGUGGAAGUGGAUACGAUCGGUUCGCAGAUCUACGAUGGAAUGCUUUUAAAGUGUUUGGGACUUGGUUCCCUUGAUGAAAUAUAUACACGAAAACGAUUUGCCGCCAGAGGGAGUGUUCCAACGUUUAUGGAUCAUUUUGGAAAAGGGACAUGGAACAUUGGGCACCAUCUGACGAUGAAUCAGGAAGAUUUCCAGGA